GGGGCCGCCGUCGCCGACUGGGCCCGGGGGAGCGCGGGGUGCUGCUGCUGUCGCCGCUGAACUGCUAGGUUCCGUCUCCUGGGCAGCGCCGGGGGCGGCGGCCGGGAGCCGCGCUCCGCCGAGAGUUGGGCAGGGGAGCGCCCGCGCCUCCGCGGCGUCAUGGGCCCCCUCCCCGGGCCUCAGCGGGCACCAGUCGCGGGAAUCCCUGGGCCUCCUCUCUCCCGAGCUUGAACGACCCCCGGGUUCUCCGGCGUCCUCUCCUUUGCUGUAUUUUUGUCUGCUCUCGCUGCCGCUACCGUUUCUACUCUCCGUUAUGGCAACAGAGCCGCCAUCCUCCCUCCGGCUGGAGGCGCCUGGCACCCCAGAAAUGCGGACCACACCAGCGAACGAGGACACCCCCGAGGACACCACGCUGCCGGCGGGCAGCAAGCUCCGUUUCCUCAACGGCUGCGUGCCCCUCUCGCAUCAGGUGGCCGGGCACAUGUACGGGAAGGACAAAGUGGGCAUACUGCAACAUCCAGAUGGCACAGUUUUGAAACAGUUACAGCCACCUCCAAGGGGCCCAAGAGAGCUGGAAUUCUAUAAUAUGGUAAGUGAGGUUUAUGCUGCUGAUUGUACUGAUGGUAUUCUUCUAGAGCUACGAAAAUAUUUGCCAAAAUAUUACGGUAUCUGGUCACCUCCCACUGCACCAAAUGAUUUAUACCUAAAACUGGAAGAUGUGACCCAUAAAUUUAAUAAGCCCUGUAUAAUGGAUGUAAAGAUAGGGCGUAAAAGCUAUGAUCCUUUUGCCUCAUCUGAGAAGAUUCAGCAACAGGUCAGCAAGUAUCCAUUAAUGGAAGAGAUUGGGUUCUUGGUGCUUGGCAUGAGGGUUUAUCAUGUUCGUUCUGAUAGCUACGAGACACAAAACCAGCACUAUGGAAGAAGCUUAACAAAAGAAACUAUAAAAGAUGGGGUCUCCAGGUUUUUUCAUGAUGGGUUCUGCUUAAGAAAAGAUGCUGUUGCUGCCAGUAUUCAGAAGAUUGAGAAAAUUCUUCAAUGGUUUGAAAACCAGAAGCAGCUUAAUUUUUAUGCAAGUUCAUUACUGUUUGUUUAUGAAGGUUCAUCUCAGCCAACCACUACAAAAUCAGACAGAACUUUAGCAGAAAAGUUUUUGUCCAAAGGACAACUAUCAGACACAGAAGUACUGGAAUACAAUAAUAACUUUCAUGUGUUAAGUUCCACAGCAAAUGGAAAAAUAGAAGCUUCAGUAGGCAAAAGUUUGUCCAAGGUGUAUGUUCGUCACAGAAAAAUGUAUUCAAAAAAGCAUCACAGUCAGACUUCUUUGAAAGUUGAAAAUAUGGAGCAAGACAAUGGGUGGAAAAGCAUGUCACAGGAACAUUUAAAUGGAAAUGUACUUUCCCAACUGGAAAAAGUUUUCUACCACCUUCCCACUGGUUGCCAAGAAAUUGCAGAAGUAGAAGUACGAAUGAUAGAUUUUGCUCAUGUGUUCCCUAGCAACACAAUAGAUGAGGGAUAUGUGUAUGGGCUAAAGCAUUUAAUUACUGUACUUCGAAGUAUUUUAGAUAGUUGAAUCCUUUGUAGUCUUUUUAAGGGGUGGGCCAAUCAUAAUGAAGAACAGCAGUCAAUAUCUCUGCACCUGUAAUGCUAUGUACAAAAUUUGUAUUGUGAGUCAGCAUUUUAUUUGUCUUUAUACUUUUGGAAGAAAGGUUAACUUUUUUAUAAUCUUACUCAGGAAAACUAAUUAUUUGUCCAUUAGAAAACUAUGAAGAAUAAAGAAACUUUAGGAAUGUUAAGCAGGGAAUGUGGUGGUACAUGGCUUAAACAUCUAUUUGUCUCAAGCAAAAAUGCAAACCAUUUUUCAGUCAUUAAGAGUUUAGUUAGCUUUCUAUAGCUAAUUUAUCAUGAAAUCUCUGUUCACACUACUCUGAUGAUAGGCAGUAUCUAAACUAUUAGAUUAUUUGAACACCCACAAAAAUCUAGAAAGCACAGGUUGAUGUCUGUAUUGCUAUGUUAUAAAGUUAUUAAAACUGGAGAAAAUUCUACUUUAGAAAUAAGUACUGUUUAGGUUUUGCAUUAAAAGUUCAGACCAGCAUAUUAAGGUGCUUCUUAGUGAAAUGAUACAGAAUUAUGACAUUCCAAAAUCAGGUUUUCCCUUUAAUUCUCAUUUACAUGUAUGUUUCAAAAUACUGUACUUUAUGAAAAAGAUAAUGACAUGGACAAAAAUAACUACAAAAAUCUUGAAAUUAAGGGCACUAAUUAUUCUCACCACGGUUAGGAGGAGAAGUUAUUUGCAGUGAACAAAAUAUUUUUUUUUUAAAAAUCUUCCAUUUGUGUUAAAAUUGAAAUUGAAACUGCAUUGUGAAAAGUGAGAUAUACCAUGUAAUAGCUUUUGCAGCUUCAAAAAGGUGAAUGAUUGAAGGUUUGCUUUUUUCCCCUUUAACUUUUGAAGUUUUUUCCUUUUACCUUAAAUAUAUGUCCCCUUUUGGUUAAGCAGUAGUAUAAAGUGUACAUUGCUAAAAAUAGUGUUUCUCCUAAUUCUCUAAAAUUGGUAAAAGACAAGAUCCAGUUGUGUGUUAUCGAAAGUACUGUGUGUAGAUUAGUGCAUCAUACAUGGUUUGGUACACAUCUAAAUCCAUGGUUCUAUUUCACUUUUAUCAAAAUAUAUUUUAUGUCAUAUUCAACAGAGAAGUUAUAAUUUAAUUCAUUGGGGGAGGGACAAUGUUACAUUUCCUGGAAAAAUUAGAUUUUUUUGUUUCAUAAGCUUUCUUUGUUUCAUACCCACCACCUUUUAAAAAAUACGUAGUUAUUUGUCAUUGAAAACGUUUAAAACUUUGAGAUUGAAUUUUUAAAUACAUUUGGUCUUAAUGCUGCCAUUACUUGCACUUUGAUUUACUUAUAUUUCUAAGUAGUUAAACAGGUUUUCCAUAUUCCUGGAAAGCGUUGGACUUGUGAAUUAUCAGAUUUUUUUCUUGUCUUUUUCUUGUAGAGUUACAAAUUAAACUUCUAACUCCAACGUGGUGAGGAGAAAAAUGUCACAAUUUUGUAUUUUAUCUUACCUUCCCAACCCUGUCUGGGGAUGCUUUGCAACUACCCGAGUCCAAACAGAAGUACCAGAUGCUCUGCAUUCUGUGCUUAGUAAAUCUGUUAAACCAGAAUAACUUUAAAAUUCAUGUGCAUUUUGUUACAGCACAAUUUGAUUGCUUUUAAUUUUUCAUUUAGAAUCAGUAUGAGAAUUUUCUGGAGUGACUUCAUAUUUUUUUCCCACUGUCCCUAUGAGUAUUGGUUUUUUUCUUUUGAUUGGGGGGGAUAAAUUUCAAGUCACAAUUGACAGAAAAUUUUUAGUUUUACUUUUUUUAUUUUGCAAUAUGGUCUUUGUUGUUGUUAUUUGAAUAAUGGUUCAAUAAAUGCUAAGCUCAGAUAAUUAAACACUAUUUUGAAUCUUAAGAGAGGAGGCUUUUUUGUGUGAGAUGGUAUUAGCUUAUGUACAAUGAAUUUAAUAAACAAGUAUUAAUCAGAUUUUUUUUUGCACAUUUUAGCUCAUUAAAGUCUGAAUUAACUGUUCCAGAUUUUCUUUUUUGUAUUUGGAAAUAAGUUUUGUAAAAUCAGUGUCUUUUUGAUACAAUAUUAGAUCAUGUUUUUUGUUUUAAUAAAAGAAGCGCUUUUAUCUUUUGUUUUUCAGGGAAGGGAUUAACAUUUAAUUCUGUGUUUACAUUUUUUAUCACUGUUAUCCAAUGUUCAUUUUAUGUUACUUUAUAAGUAAGCUUACAUGUAACAGAGUAAGUAUCUGUUUAUGUAAUCUACAUGUGACUAUUUUACAGUUAUAGUCUAGUCAUUUGUGAUUAUACUGAAAUUUACCACUGUGGGAGAUGAAUGAUCACUAUUCACCUAGUGUAUCUGAAUAUGUUAAAUGUUUAAGAAACAAGCAUAUUAAGGGUGUAGUUUGGAUUUUUUCCUCACUAAGAAACUUUAGUAAGAUUUUAGUGUAUAUCUUAUGGAAUACACUCAGUCGAGAAGGACUUUAUGAAAUUGGAGAUGUGAAUAACACAUUUCUCUAAUAAAAAUUUAAAUUGUACAAUAGUUUUAUAAUAAAGUAUUUACAUUAAUUUGAUAUUUUAAUAUGGAUGGAAGUUGUAUAGAUUCAAAUAAAUUAAAAUCAAUCAUAAAUGCUAAAUAUUUUAUCUAAAUAGUUUUUAAGAAACAAUUUUGGAAAUGUAUAUAUUGAAUUGCUCUAACAUGGAGUUUGUGGUAUUUCAACUCAGUAUUCCUUGUUUUAUGUGUCUGGAAAGAUUGUAUUUACACUACAAUUUGCUUUUGUGGGGCUCUAGACUGUGUUCAACUGAGUAAGAACAUUUUUCUGAAUUUUCAGUAUAAUAUUUUACGAUUUCCAAGAUAAAGUUCUUCCUAUCAUGUCUAUGGAGUCUAUACAUCAAAUUUAUACCAUCAUUUAAGAGAAAGGUAUUUCAUUAGAUAUUUCAGUUAAAGGAUUUUUUUUUUUCAUUUCAUGUACCUGAAAACAUUUGUUUCUAGGGCUUAGAAUAUUGUAAAAGACAGAGUGAAAGAAAACAGGACAAUGAAAGAGUUUGGGGGGUGAAAUUACAGAAAUUGUGUCCACUAUUGUAAAUCAUUGUCAUCAUUUUAGGACAUUUUAUCUUAGAAGUUUGGCAUUUUAUAUUUUAAAACUUGAUUUACUUUUAACGUUGUUUACAGUGCUUUGUAAUUCUCUUCCUUAUCCAGUACCUUUAACCUUGAUUUGAUACAUUUGUAAGUUCAGUUAUCUAAUUACAUCCUGUAAUGUUUUCAUAGCCUAGGAGACAUCAAUUUCUUUUUAAAAAUUAGCAAUCUGGUUAUCUAAAGAGGUAGCAAUUUGCUUUGGGAAAACAAGUAAGGGUGCCUUUGGAGAUCAGACUUCUUAAUUCAUGCAAAUGUAUUUAUUGGGUGUAUGCAUAAGCCAAGCAUUUUUAGCCCCCCAGUAUACAGUUAUGAACCAAUCAGAUAAGGACCUAAGCCUUGGGAACUUAAGAGAGAGAAAUAUGCAUGUGAAGAUGAUAAAGACAACUAUCAUUUGACUUUUGGUUAAGGUAAAAUAGUAAGAAUUCAGUUGAAACUAACAGUAUGUUAAGUUAGAAAUAAUCUUGCAGCAUUGUAAUCUCUAUUUGACUUUUGAGUUUGGGUAAUCAUAAAUACCAUAAAAAAGCCUUGAUUUUUCACUUUUCCUGGUAAAGGUACGCUUACUUAGGCUGUCCACUUAGGAGUAGUGUUUAACAAACAUAACAUCACUUUGAAAACAUUCCAUGACAUAUUCACAAGCAAAUUAACUGCACAUUUUUAGUUGUAUUUUACAAUUUAGGACACAUAGACCUCCAUCUUCAAAUCACUGGUAUUUUAAAUUUGACAAUAAAUAUGAAAUUACUUUAUGACUUAGAAUGGUUAUAUUAUUAUUUUAAUAUUUUAGGAAAGUUGGAGCCUUCUUUUUUUGAGUUAAUAUUUAAAUUCUCAUUACUUUAAAGUAGCCGCUGGUAAAUGGAAAUAAUAACUCAUACAAUGAAACAAAUCAGUAUAUGCUUUUAAGAAUUUUUAAAAAUUUGAAAGUUGUGUCAUCAUUGGGGUUAAAUUUUGGCCUGGUGUUCACUUAUAUAUUAACAGUUCAUGAAGUGAAAUAGUCUUAAAUAUGAUAUAUGAUACACCUGCAUAUAAAUGAAAAUGGUGUGCACAAAGACACUUUACUAUGGGAAUUGUACUGGAAGAUUUAUGAAAGCAUGUGAAAUUGCACCUAAAAUUGUGUUACUAGUGACUAUGAGCAGCAAUGCUAAAUUUAUUGUACUUGAAUGAAUGUAUUUAGUCACAAUUACUUUGGUUCAAAUGUCUAAAUGUCUUUAGGAUUUUUUUAAAUGUAUUUGUAAUUUGUACUAUUGAGGGGGGUGUUCUUGGACUGCAGGGGUUAUUGUUAAUGUGUGCUUUGUGUUUUUAUUUUAUAGAAUCAUCUAAUGUGAUAUACUGAUUUUUAUAAGUGAUAUUUAGAUAAUUCUAAUAACUGUAUAUUUGACAACUUAUUAAAAUGUUUUGCAUUGGA